AUGUUGUUCAUGUGCUUGCUUUGGAAAAAUCAACGGCGAUACAAUCGAAUUGUCAUAGAGCCAACGAGGAACAAUGAUUCUACAGUACAGUAUACAUUGAGCAUUCGCUUCCAACUCAACGAGAACAUCCGGUCAAUGAAGUUGUUGCAAAAUUUGGUAUUCACCGGCACAGUAUCAAACUUUGUCUGCUUUGUAUUCUUAGCAGCUUCUCAUAUUGACUUUCUGCAUUUCUAUUCCGACGUUGUCGCCCAUUACUUUGACGCCGCCCUUAACCUGUAUAUCGCCAUGAUGAUACUAUUAAUCGACAAUCUCACGAACAUCGAUUCGCUAAACUACACGGUCCUAUCCUAUAUAGCCAUAAUGGAAGCGGUCAUUCUGUUCAUAGAGCUUCUCGUCUACGUCUUCAUAAUUCACAUUGCCUUCCAUCUGCCAUUUCACUGGAAUCUUAGGGUGAUAAUUACAGUAGUACUCUCACAAUACUACCUGCCCCUGACGACACGUUUGGUGACGCUGGCCAUUCAGAUGCAUGUCAUUCCGUGCGAAGAUGACGAACGUAUGGAGAAAAGUGAUCAAGAAAAGCAAAUAAAAGGAGCGGCUUCAACCCCACGACAGAACCUG